GCCAUCAGUUGGUGACUGAAACCGUUUGUCUCCAGUGGUAACUUCAAUGUAACUCACCGCAGAUAUAACUUCAUUAGAUAGUACUAUGGCAACGCGUCCGCGACAUCAUCUUCAAUGAUAGUAAUGGCGGCAAGUGCGGCUGUGCGUGAUGGACGAGCUGGAAGCUUAAGAAGAAAAACGGAGAGUUAUGUGUAUAAAACUACUGAUGGAAAAGUGAUCAUUGAGAAUGAACUCUUAAACUUUAUUGUCAUUAAAAUGAGAACACUGGUCCAUGACGAAAUUGUUUUGCUGGUGACUAACAAUUUCUCCUCUGAAUGGAUUGAAGAGUCCAAGCGGCUGCUGUUUGAAAAGUGCCCGACUUCAAUGCGCUGCGUAAAGCACAAAGGGUCUCAGAAAGACAUUAAUAACAUAAAAGACUGCCUGAAAGUGCUUAAUGAGUGUGGAGAAAAUAUUCCCAGAUUUGUGUCGCACAAUCUGGAUGAGCUCCCUCCUGUUGGAUUCGAGCAUGUGGACGCAUCUGCGUUGCUCAGCAGAGUACAGCAGCUGAGUAGGGAGGUAGCCGGUCUGAGAGCGACUCUGGAAACUCAGACAAGGGAGAAUGAGAACGCGAAGGUGGCCGCGGCGGCUGUGGAGCAUCGGUUGUCUGCCUUGGAAAGGCGGCUCGUACCUCUAGGCCAAGCCUACGGAGACGCUGGUCAACAGGCCUACGAAGCGGCCCCUGUACUACUGACGGAGACGGAGGCUGAAAUGGCACCGGCGCGUUUAGAGCUGAGAGAGACGGGCCGUGAAGGUGAGACUAUGAACGCUAUACCGCGGUCCCCGGAGUGGAGUACGGUGGUAAAGAAAGGAAAAUAUAAGCAGCCAAGCAUUGUGACGCAGUCCAAUGCAGCUGUGCAACCACGUCCAAGAAGGGAGCAGCGAAAGAAAAUGGGAAUACUCGGCACUGGAACUGAGAGUAAUAUCCCCGUGAUUAAAACCAAAUUGGAGCCCUCAGCAGACGUCAAGCUGGCGACCUGGGCAGGAAAGAAGGGCAAGAAGGCAGAGGAGGAGGAGCAGCCUGCAGCACCUCCUGCAGGUGGAGCAACAGUGAAGGAGGAGGAGUGGUGA